AUGGGUGAGAGAGGAAGAGGAAUUCCAAAGAAAUGUAGAUGUGGAGAGAAUGCAUUCUUGAGAACAUCAAAGACUGUGAAAAAUCCAGGGAGACUUUUUUAUGCAUGUCCAUUUGCAGAUGAGAAAAGUCAUGGUCACUUGUUCAAGUGGACCGAUGAAUCAAUGGUUGAAGAGAUUGAAGAUAUGAUUCCGAGAAUUAAUGAUCUUGAAGGAGCUUCAUUGACCUUAAGAAAAGGUUUAGAUGUGUGCGAAUCAGAAAUGGAAACUCUUGCAAUGGAGACUCGCACAUGUGAAGCUGUGGUCAGCCGAUUUGAUAAAGAGCUAAGGAGUUUUGAGAAAGAACUUCAAGGAUGCAAGAUGGAAUUGCGUGGAUUGAAGAACAUUGUCGUGUGUGUUGUGUUGAUGGUUCUUGUUUAUGUGUUUGUAUUGUAA